UAUGUUUUUAGAUACCUGUUGUACACUGGAAAUAGUAGUUCAAGGUGUUGGAUGUAUUGCAUUAGUGUUCAGUCUUAUUCUUCUCUUCUAUGUAUUCUGUUUACCAAUGAACAGAAUAAGACAGGUUGAAGAGGUUGGAUUCACACAUUUGAAGCACGGUCAAUUUUUCAAGAAAAAUAUCAAAAUUGCUCGUAAACUUAGGAAAACUGGAAGUUCUUCAAAAAUCUUUCCUAACGGGUGGUAUGUUGUCUUAGGUAAACCUAAAUAUCUUUAAUAGAAGGGAAACGUUUC